CCCGCCCUUGGGGAGUGGACAAUAAGAGCGGGACGCCGCCUGCUCGCCCGGCCAGUGCGUGGACCGCGCGCGAGCCGGGGAUGCUCCCUCCUGGCCGCCGGUGCAACAGCAGGAGCCGCCUGGCCGGCCGCAAUGCGCGGGGGCUCUGACGGCGGGGGCUGAAGGGGGCACAGAGUGGACGAGGCAGCCAUGGGCGGACGAGCGCUGGUGGGCGCACUCAGCCUGUGCCUCAGCCUGUGCUCCCUGGCGCUGCUCGUCACGGCCAUUUUCACUGACCACUGGUACGAGACCGACCCCCGGCGCCACCGGGAGAGCUGUGAGCACCGCGCCGGCAGCGCCCACCCGCCCGAGCAACGCCGGCGCCUCCUGCCCCUGCCGCACUUGCCCUUGCGAAGCGCCAAACAGCGGCUUCCGCGCGGCGGGGCUUGGGAGGCGGCGGCGGCAGAAGAGCCCCCCGCGGGCGACCUUCUUCUGCUGGACGACUGGCCAGCCUUCCUGAGGCUGGGGGUGCUGCAGUCCCGCUGCGGCCGCCCCCUCUUCGCCACUUACGCGGGGCUCUGGAGGAAAUGCUACUUGCUGGGCGUCGACGGGGACCUCGACAGCCUGGUGGAGCGAGGUAUUGCUCAAAGAUGCUCUACAAUCAAGUACCAUUUCUCUAUGCCAAUACGUUUACAGAACAUCCCAUUCAAUUUAACUAAGACCAUUCAGCAGGAUGAGUGGCAUCUGCUACAUCUAAGAAGAAUCACAGCAGGUUUCCUUGGGAUGGCAGCAACCGUUCUUCUUUGUGGGUGUAUUGUAACAACAGUCAGUUUCUUUUGGGAAGAGAGCCUCACACAGCACGUUGCUGGGCUUCUUUUCCUCAUGUCAGGCAUCUUUUGCACUAUUUCCCUCUGUACUUAUGCAGCAAGUAUAUCCUAUGAACUAAACCGCCAGCCCAAAGUCAUCUAUAGUCUCCCUGAUGAUGUUGAACAUGGAUACAGCUGGUCUAUAUUUUGUGCUUGGUGCAGUUUAGGACUCAUAGUAGCAUCGGGAUGUCUUUGCACCACUUACCCAUUCAUUAGUAGGAAAAAGAUGAGCCAUCUAAAGUCAACCAGAGACUCUUCUGUAUGAGUGCUUAUUGGGAGAUAAUCUUUUCUUGGGAGAUGAAGAAUGAUCUUCAAGGAUUUUUACAAGGGAGCUAAAUUUUCAACUCCAAGCACAAACGCCCGAUCCCUUAAAAUACCAAACAUUGUGUCUUACUAGUCAGGAAGUAAAGAGGAGUUCUUCUCUACUUCAGGGUGGUUGAAACAAAAGUUCAGACAACAAAAGUUUUUGUGGAACUGACAAUUCAGUACACUGCAUAUGCACACAUGAUAAAUGAGGGUGGGCAGUUCCUACUCAGAUAAGAAAACUGUGGGCUUUUUUUAUUCAUUGUUAGCACGACAACAAACAACCAUAACUGCCAAAACCACCCAGUGGUAAUAAUAUCCCUUAUCAUUAAUCAACCUUAAAAUUGAAUUUAGAUUUCUAAAAAUUGUAAAAUAAGUUUUCAGUCCUCUUCUAGGCAUCAUUAGUCAUUACCACAUGGUAGCAUGUAGGAGCCUUUCUCAAAGAGUUCUGAUAUUGUGAAUAACUGCGAGGGCAGUGGGCAUUAGAAACAAUGUAGAAGAAAUAGCUGAAGCAGUAGGACUUACAAAACACAGUGAAAACUGAAGAGCGAGCCAUUUGAACUUUGCCAGCCAGCCCCUUAGUAUAAAUUUUUAAAAUUGACUCUUCUGUGGUAACAACAUUCCUAUUUGUACAUAUCUCCUUGAAAUACCUUUUGUAUUUCAGAUUAAAUUGAAUGGUAUAUAUUAAAAAUCUGAAUGAAAGAGAUGAUGCUUGUUAGUACUGUUGGAAGUAAUACCUAUUGUAACAUCCUCAGCCUUUGUCUAAAAAAAGUUCAGCAUUAAAGUGUCUCUUUUCUGUUAA